AUGAGUCCUGCUGUUUCUGAAUUAGUUAAACUUCUCUUAGAAAAAUCCAAGAGCCUAAACAAAAGGGGAAUGAUGGUUUCGCUCCCACCUAUACCAAUGGAUUUUGAAGGAGACAACGAAGAAUUUGAAGAUAUAUGCAUAAUGCAUAAAAUCGUAGACUCAAUGGCUGAAGAAGUUUCGGAGGCUUCUCAACGAUGGAUGGAUGAUUCUGGGGAACUCAGAGUCAGUCACAAACCUGAUUUUUGGGUGAAGUCUUCGAUUAAUGCUGGUGAUGUGGAAGUAUGUCUUAUGGAGGCUUUGCGUGUUCUUCCGACUGAUAAAAAGAUCUGUGAUGACUGGGAUAAGCUGAUAAAGCUUAUGAAAGACACUCACGUGCAGUUAUUGAGGAAGCUCACUAGAGGAAGAGGUGGGGAAAUGAAGGACCUGGAAGAAGAUUUUAACAGAGUUCCAGUAUUUGGUAUCCAAGUUGCUGCUUUCUACUUUGUUCAGCUUCUUGGAUCAGUACAAAUCCCUAUGAAUCGAGGCCAGUCUUCGCUUGCUGGAUUUGUGAAUGAAUUAUGA